CACACUUUCCCAUUAUAUAAUAUGCCAAGCUAAAUCCAGCUUGAAACCACACUCUUCAAUUCAUUUAUUUACAAUCUCCAAAUCACAGAUUGCUUUGCCAUUUGGGCCAUUUUUCACAGAUGAGUGUUUACAUUCUCCUCUUAUUCCAUAUAUCUUUCUUUAUAACCAGUAUUGUUUCAGAACUUCCAAGCAACAGAGUUAACUUCCACGCCAGCUUCAACAAGAAGAAUGGUAACUCAAGUGAGGAGCUUGCUCUCCUAUCCUUCAAGUCCCUCAUAAGCCAUGAUCCUCAUGGAGUUUUAGCUUCUUGGAGCAAUCAAUCUCUUCAUUUUUGCCAAUGGCGAGGUGUGACCUGUAGCAAACACAGAAAUAAGCCUAAGGUCACAACUUUGGACCUCCAAGCCCUUAAUUUGUCUGGUUCAAUAUCUCCCUCGAUUGGUAAUCUUACCUUACUCCAUACUCUUUAUCUUUCAUCAAAUCAGCUCUCUGGUUCUAUCCCAACAGAGCUUGGUCAGCUCUCUAAGCUGCACCAUUUGGACCUAAGCUUCAAUCUAUUAGAAGGUAUGAUUCUUCACACUCUUUCCCAAUGUCUCCUUCUUCGAAGUAUAAGUUUAAAGAACAAUUCAUUCCAUGGAGAAAUCCCUUCUAAUCUUAGUCAUCGUACAGACCUUCAAAUCAUUGAUUUCAGAAAUAACCUUUUAAGUGGUAUUAUUCCUGCAAGUUUGGGAGCCUUAAAUCACCUCGAACAAUUACUCCUUUCUAACAAUCUCUUGGAAGCUGAGGAGAAAAAUGACUGGGCAUUCUUAGAUGCUUUGGCAAACUGCAGCAAUAUACAAGCUCUUGGCUUGUCAAUAAAUAGAUUAGGAGGUGUUUUUCCAAGCUCAAUUGGCAAUCUGUCCUCAGGGCUUCAAGUUCUAACAAUAUACAGUAAUCAAAUCAUUGGAAGUAUUCCUACAAGCAUUUGUAGGCUAAUAAAUCUACAAAUACUCAUCUUAGGCGACAAUCUUCUCGAAGGCAACAUUCCAGAAGAAAUUGGAAUCCUUCAUAAGCUAAAAGAGUUGAAUUUGUAUAACAAUAAAAUCUCAGGAGUAGUUCCAGAUUCACUUGGAAACUUAUCAUCCUUGGAGAUUUUUUCUUUGUAUGGAAAUCAAUUUGGUGGUGGAAUCCCACGAGUGAUUCAAAAUCUUACUUCUUUAAACAUUCUUAGUUUAUCAAAGAAUUAUUUUACAGGAAAUAUGCCCUCAUUUUUAGGAAGUUUACUGAGUCUUGAAGAACUCUAUCUCGUUUAUAAUAAUUUAGUUGGAUACAUUCCACCAUCAUUAGGGAACCUUCACUUUAUAAGCCAAAUUGCACUUGGAUUCAACAAUCUAGAGGGAGUUAUUCCAUAUUCGAUAUGGAACCUAUCCAAGCUCCAAAACCUACAACUACAAGGAAAUAAUCUAUAUGGUGUUAUUCCUCCUAGCAUGGGUCAAAAGCUUCCCAAUCUUGUUUACCUUCGAUUAUAUCAAAAUCAAUUUUAUGGUCCUCUUCCAACCUCUCUGUCAAAUUCAACUUCUCUUGAAUCUAUUGACUUUGGUUCAAAUUCCUUCACUGGUAAAGUCCCUAAAAAUCUUGGGGUGUUGAAAAGCUUAUAUGGAUUUGAGCUUGAUGAUAAUAGGUUAGAAGCAAGGGACUCUUCUGAUUGGGCCUUCCUAGAAAGUCUGACAAAUUGCACCAAUUUGAUGAUCCUUGAACUAUCAGGAAAUGAGUUCGGGGGCAUCUUACCUAGUUCGAUAGCCAACUUAUCGACGACUUUAAGCUUUUUAAGUCUUUCAAGGAAUAAAAUAGGUGGAAUAAUACCCAUAGAAAUCAAUAAUCUUGUUGGCCUUUCUUGGCUUGAUCUUGCAAGAAUGAAACUUUCAGGCAAGAUUCCCCCAACAAUGGGAAGCUUAACAUCAUUGCAGAUGUUAGACUUUAGCUUUAAUGAGUUUUAUGGUGAAAUACCAUAUACCCUUGGCAAUUUGACACAAUUGAAUAAGCUCUUCCUUCAAUACAAUAACUUAAGUGAUCAUAUACCUCCAACCCUAGGACACUGUAACCGAUUAGAACUAUUAAAUCUUUCAAACAAUGGGCUGAUUGGUACCAUACCAUAUGAAAUAACAGCCCUAUUCUCCCUCACUAUUGGCUUAUUUUUGUCAAAUAAUUUCUUAAAUGGGUCAUUACCUUUCAAUAUUGGGAGCUUGAUAAAUCUUGUUAAAUUUGUUGUAUCAAACAACAAAUUAUCUGGCAAAAUUCCUAAUAGCCUUGGUCGAUGCACUGAAUUGCGAUAUCUUUAUAUGGGAAAUAAUUUUUUCGAGGGAAUCAUUCCUUCUCUAGAAGCAUUAAGAGGUCUUGAAGAAAUUGACCUUUCACAUAAUGAACUUGUUGGAGAAAUACCUAUGUACUUAGAAACAUUUUCCCUUCGAUACCUAAACCUCUCCUUUAAUCAUCUUGAAGGAGAAGUCCCAAAAAGUGGCAUUUUUACUAAUACAAGUGCAUUCUCAGUGUUUGGGAACAAGCAACUUUGUGGUGGGAUUCCUGAAUUAAACUUACCUGCAUGCUUUAAUCAGCAUAAGAGGAAAAGUGAACUGCAAUUGGUGUUAGCUAUGACAAUUGCAAGUGGUGUUAUAAGCUUUAUCAUACUAGUAGUUAUAUUUUAUGCAUGGAGAAAUAAAGUACACAAUGUAUCACAUUUUAUUUGGAGGCCUAGAAAAGAGCAACAUAUAAAAAUUUCAUAUGAUGAGUUGUAUAGAGCUACAAAUGGAUUCUCUUCUGAAAAUUUGAUUGGUGCUGGAAGUUUUGGUUUUGUGUACAAAGGAAAUAUGUAUGGUGAUGACAAUAACAUUAUUGCUGUGAAAGUUCUGAAUCUCCAACGACAUGGAGCCUCAAAGAGUUUUGAAGCAGAGUGCAAAGCAUUGAGAAAUGCACGACAUCGAAAUCUAGUCAAGGUUUUAACAAUCUGCUCGAGCAUAGACUGCACGGGUAAUAAUUUCAAAGCACUGGUAUUUGAAUUCAUGCCUAAUGGAAGUUUGGAUAGGUGGUUGUAUCCACAAGUUAAUGAUGUUAGUGGAAGUAGAACAUACCUAAACUUUAUCCAAAGAUUGAACAUAGUUGUUGAUGUGGCUUGUGCAUUAGACUAUCUUCAUAACCAAGGAUUAGUGCCAAUAAUUCAUUGUGAUUUGAAGCCAAGCAAUGUUCUACUUGAUGAAGAUAUGGUUGCACAUGUUGGCGAUUUUGGUCUUGCAAAGCUUCUUACAGAAGCUUCAAUUGAGUCUUCUCAAAGGUCAAUAGAUUCUAUUGCAUUGCAAGGAACCAUUGGAUAUGUAGCACCAGAAUAUGGGAUGGCUAACCAAGUUUCUACCAAAGGAGAUGUAUACAGUUUUGGCAUACUUUUACUUGAGAUGCUUACUGGAAGAAGACCUACUGAUGGGAUUUUCAUAGAAAACCAUAGUCUGCACCAAUUUGUUCAAAUGGCACUACCUGGACAAGUUAUGAGCAUUCUUGAUCCAAAUAUGUUUACACAAACAGGAAAUUAUGAAGUUGAUAGUGAGAUUAAAUGCAUCAACAACAAAACAAAACAUGAAUUAGAGUGCAUAAUUUCUAUGCUUAAUAUCGGUCUUCUUUGCUCAAAAGAAUCACCAAAAGAACGGAUACAAAUAGAACAAGCUUUUAAAGAGUUGCUUGCAAUAAAAGAUAAAUUUUACAAGGCAAAAGAAGCUAAGCAUAGUUUAAGUAUUGAUCUACCAGAGCUUUGUAAGUGACAUAUGUCAUAUUCAUUUAUGUUUUUCAAGCUUCCAACUACAGAGUUCUUCGUUAUGUUUUAUGGUUAGGUUCUUAAUAAAAUAUUCAUUUUUAUGAGCA